UUGAAGAACAUAAACAAUUAAAAGUUUCAUAUCUAAGUUCUCUCUUUCCAAGAAACAAACAUUUUUCUUGGCUUAGUUUGCUACUUUACAGAAAUGGGGUUUCGACAUAAUCUUAGAGAAUUUUUGUCUGCUUGUGGCAAACCAAAGGAGAAACGUGUUCCCAAAAAGACAGUUAAUAUCAGGGUGAAAAUGGACUGUAAAGGUUGUGUUAGAAAGGUUAAACAUGCAGUGGAGAAGUUAAAAGGAGUGGAAUCCUUUGAUGUGAACCAAAAGCUACAGAGGGUAAGUGUGACAGGUUAUGUGGAUGCAAAAGAGGUUCUAGAAGCAGUGAGGAGAACAGGCAAGACUGCAGACAAUUGGCCAUUUGUUCCCUACAAUUUACCGGCAUUUCCUUAUGUGCAAGGGGCAUAUGACGUCAAGGCACCCUCUGGUUUCGUCAGAAAUGUCCCUAACAAUGCUGACCCUAAGUCCCCAGAGAUGAAGCUUAUGAGGCUCUUUGAUGAUGAAAACCCAGAUCAUUGUUCUAUCAUGUAAACAAAUUCUUCAUCAUAAUGUCAGUUACUUUCUCUUUUCUUUUUGUAUAUGUCCCUUAUGUUUCAUAAACAGAAAAAGAAAAAAUUAUUUCAAGUAUCAACUUUUCUGGAUCAAGAUAUGUCUUACUUUC